GCGGUCACGUGACGCCGAGAAGCGUCCCAUUAAAGAAGCUCCUGUCCUGCGCGCUCACAGAGGAGGCACCGCGAGCCGGAACCGAGCAGGACGGACCGGGACAGACCGGGACCCCGCAGGGAGGGAGGACCAGAACUUUUCUUCAACUUUUCUACAAGUUAAACCCAAGAGUUCUGGUCCACCUCAGAUCAGGACCACGAUGCGUCCCGGACCGCGGUCCGGUCCAGCGCGGCGCGUAAAGACGCAGUGAGGAUCUGAGAGCGCAGCGGUCCGGGUCCGGGUCCGGGUCCGGCCGAACCAUGCCCCGGCCCGGCAGGAACACGUACAGCGAGCAGAAGCCUCCGUACUCCUACAUCUCCCUGACGGCCAUGGCGAUCCAGAGCAGCCCGGAGAAGAUGCUGCCGCUCAGCGACAUCUACCGCUUCAUCAUGGACCGCUUCCCGUUCUACCGGGACCACACGCAGCGCUGGCAGAACUCCCUGAGACACAACCUGUCCUUCAACGACUGCUUCAUCAAGAUCCCGCGCCGGCCGGACCAGCCCGGCAAGGGCAGCUUCUGGGCCCUGCACCCGAACUGCGGCGACAUGUUCGAGAACGGGAGUUUCCUGCGGCGCCGGAAGCGCUUCAAGGUGGGCGGGGUGCAGGUAUCGGACCCGCUGAGCGGCACCGGGAGCCCGGACCCCCUGCAGAGCCACUACCUGCAGCAGCAGGCCAAGCUGCGGCUGAGCGCGCUCCAGGUCCAGGUCCCGGUCCCGGCCGGGUCCAACCUGAGCUCCGGCUUUAAGCCCCCCUUCACCAUCGAGAACAUCAUCUCCAGAGAGUACCGGAUCCCGGGGGGGCUGGCGGCCUUCCCCGGCGCCGGGUACCCGCUGCACACCCAGCUGAGCCCGGCCUGGACCCACAUGUACGGCUCGGGGGUGAUGGACCCGGCGGGCCCCCUGUCCGUGCCCGCCCCUGCGGACUACACGGCCUACGGCGUGCCGCUCAAGUCCAUCUGUCACCCGGUGCCCAUCAAACCCCCGCCCGGUCUGCCGGGACUUCCGGCCCACAUCCCCGCCUUCCUGGCCAACUCGCCCCGGUCCCUGAGUCCCCCCUCCCCGCACACCGGUCAGAGCAGCCCGGCCGCCCCGCCUCCGGUGACGGUGCACUGACCUCUGACCCCCGGACCUGCAGACCGGCUCUGUGGACCCAGAACCUUCGGACCGGUUCUGUGGGUCCAGGACUUUUCUGUGGCUGUUUUACGUGUUUGAUGUUUUUUUGAUCAAAGAAAAAAAAGGCGGUAAAACAAGAAGUUUCCUCUUUGAUGUUUGAUGUUUCCGCUCGUGUUUAAAGAACAAAGAGAGCCGACAUGAAAGAAGAAUGUUCUGAUGUUCUGCACUUUGUACAAAAUCUGUUCACUAUAAAUGUUGUGUUGAAACUC